AUGGUUGGAGCUGCUACGGUCCGCACAGCCGUGCGGGCUGCCGUCGUGGCCAUGGCUGUCCUCGCGCGUGCUGUCGCAGCCGGGCAGGUGCCUCUUCUCGACAGCGCUGCUGCUGCUGCCGAGUCUGACAGCAGCCUCUCUUCCGUGGCCACGCACGGCUUCCAUGGACGGCUCAACUUCUCGUCGCCGGCACCACACCUGUUCGCGUCCGCCUAUGGACUUCUGCAGCAGUGGUCCAACACGGUCUUCCCCAACGGCCACGCGCUCGCGGGCUGUACGAUGCCGGCCUACACGCUGCUCUACCACGGCCGUCUGGAAGAGGGCGAGGAUGAGGCAACGCCGGCCAGCCCCGAAUGGCUGGCACUCGAUCUCGAGAUGGCCUAUGGCAUCAUGGGGGCGUCACGCCACUCGUGGAUGCUCACGUACCAGACCACCCGUCCGCUGCGGCUGCUCUACUUUGACGGCGAGUCCGCCACGCUGAUGGGCCUCGGCCAGCUCGACUCCCAGAUGCUCGUGCUCUACGGCAACGUCUCUGGGCCGCCCGGCUCCGGCGGCUUCGCCAUCAUGGGCGACGAGUACGCCCGCGCCCGCGGCCUCUGCGACUGGCUCCUGCGUGCCGGCCUGCGCGGCCGUGGCUGGGGCUACGAGGGCGUCGUCCGCAUGAACGCCGGCUUCGAGAUCAUCUGGUGCGACUUUCUCAGCGAUAGCCUGCGCCUGCUUAGCCGCCUCAACGUGACCGCACCGCUGGAGAGGGUGGGGGAUGGCGAGACCGAUGCAGAUGAUACAGACGACCAAGCAGAACUUCCAGAACCUCUUGAACUCCCAGGCUCCUACUACAGCCUCCCGCCGGUGCCCACACGCACAGACCGCGUUGCCGACCCGUCAGCUCCGCCGGUACCGCCCAACUGGCGCGGGCCCGACACGGCCAAUGGCCGCGAGCCCUUCCUCGAAGCCCAGGGUUGGGGCUGGUUCGAGAGCGCCACCUGGCACUACGGCUCCACGCGGGCCGGUCCUGGCGGCGGCGAGACGCGCCUGCGUGUUGACAGCUGUGCCAUCUUCAGCUUCUAUGCGCCGCAGUUUGGCGGGGGGGCGCUUGCGCUGGCACGCGCCGAAGACGAACAACGGGCGCUGAACCUGACCGCCGACGGCUACUGGGACGGCCGACAAGAAGGAGACCGAAGGCGCGCCCUCAGCCAGCUGGCGCGGCGGCGACGCUUCCAUCAGCUGGGCGCCACCAGCGUGGACGAGGCGGCGGCAAUGCGGCAGCGCGUGGAGCAAUCGCUGGCCAGACGACUGAACGGGACGGUCCUGGAUGGCGAGCCUGGGUCCAGGUGCUCGGGCGCCGACUGGACGCUGAUGCUAGCCGAAAUCGUCCAGCGCGUGGCCGCGCACCUCAAGACGAUGGAGAAGAUGCUGGCCGACGGACCUGCGGAUCCGGGUUCAAGUCCGGGUUCGGAUUCUGGCAACGCCACGCGCCAGUGGCUGCACCAGCUGCGAGCCCAGAGCCACAUGUUUAUGGUCGGCUACCUCGAGUAUCCGACGGGCGGCUCGGCCACGACGCCGUGGCGACCAUACUCGGCCCUGUUCAACCGCACGCUGGCGCUGUGUCGUUAUCGGUACACGCGGCUGCUGGUGCCGGACAAGGACGGGACGGCAUCGUCUGGCGUGUGGCUGUCGCCCGAGGAGGCGGACAUGCGGUGGGCCGUGGAGGAGACGUACGGCACGCUCUGCUCGGAGCUGCUGACCAUUGGCUUUGACAUUGAGCGCGUGUGGGCUGAGCGGUACGGGUCGGUCGGCUACAAGGACGCGGGCAGAAGGAGACAGACAGACACGAGCAUCCCACGUCGCCACUGGGCAGACCGGCUGGCCGAGUUGAUCGUCUGGCUCGGUUGGGAGGGCGAGUUUAUUGGAUGUUCACGCGCCUGCGACUGGGACGAGCGCUGCUUCAUCCCCAUGUGGCCGAUGCUGAACAGCCAGUGGGGGAGAGGCGGUCCAGACAGAGGACCAGGGGGCGGCUAUGGCCACGGAAGACCGCACGAUGGCUAUGGCCAUGGAGGACCGCGUGGUGGCCAUGGCCAACCAAAGGGUCCAGAAGGGUCAGAUGGCCCUCGGGGACCACCAUCGCAAAACGGAUCGUAUGGCCCACCCAACUUUCGCUUUCCACGCACGCCUGCCAUGAUGGGUAACGACACGGAUCUGUGGGAGCCCAAGUGCGUUAAAGCGUGGUACUUGUAG